CCUCCUGGCAGCCAGGGGACCUUGGAACAAAUUUCACAAACUUUGUUAAAGGUUAAGUUAUCACUAAUACUAUGGCAUCACGUGAGAAAGUUGAUCCGUAACGUGUAAAAGCAGUAACUUCCUGUCACUACUAGAUGGCACUGUGAGUAAUUGAAUAACUGAGACGCGUGAGGGAGUAUCGGCUCAACACACUAACGGAGGUUUGAGAAAGGGUGUACAUUAAGGAGCAGAGCAUUUAACAAACACCCUGAAAAUAUACAUUGCAUUGUGAACUAAUGCGUGUGGAAAACUGUGAAAUUUAGAGCUUGAAACAGUUAAAACGGCGUUAACAAAUGGAGCAUCUUCGCAACCUACAGGUGCUGCUCGGCUUUCUAAUUACAGCAUCACCAUCAUGUUUGACUGUACGCUAUUUUACAAUUACCGCUAUGGCGUCUUUGCCGUUAUCAAGGCAAGCCCAGGUUGUUGGUUUGAGCGCUUUAAGCUGUCCUGGAACCGACGUGAUGGUUUAGCUGAAAGGCGUAAUUCACUUUAAAAAGGAAUAUCUAGCUAGGAGUAACUAAGUAGAAGGAGAAGCUAGCGAGAAGUAGCAGCUAGCUAGACGGAGGAAGAAGCUAGCUAGCCGUCCUGCCUUGUUGACAUCAUGGCAGACUCUGCAAAGAAGAAGCCAAAGAAGAGGGUUAGGUCGGCCGAAGCGAAGAAGAGGAAAAGGGAUUUGGACCGAGUGAGGGACCGGACGAGAAUCAACAUUGGAAACGCUUUUACUGGUUGGAGACAACUGCGACAGGACGUUGGAUGCAAGACAGAUGAGGAGCUGGCCUUCGUGCUACUGGACUCGUAUCAGAAGGUGACUCAGAGAAUAUCCGAGGAAUGUCCCUUGCAGACCAGAAACCAGGAGACAAAUGGCUAUGUUUGUGAACUCCAGGUGUCUAUUCUGCAGAGGAGCCCUCCAUCAGACACUCCCGAGCCAUUAUCGACAUCAGGAGACUCUGGGUUACUCGGACCUCUUUCAGAUAAAGCCAUAAAGUCAGAACCCGAUGAUGAGCACAGCAUUGAUGAGCGUCUUCUGGAAACAUCUGAGGAGCCGGAACAAAACCAGGACCACUGUCGAAUCCGGAUGUGGGGAAUAGCAAAAAAUGUCUUUUUGUGUCCAGGAGAGUCAAAGUGGACAUUAGCUGAGAAGAGUCUCCGUAUAGAAUCAGCAGUAUCGGUUCCUGUGUGUGAAGAAGUCAAAAUCAUUUCUCCUACGAAAGAUGUAUCGGAAGAAGAUGGUGCCAGUUGUUGCAAGGAACCUCAUGCUUUUCCACACUGUGGCAAGGUGUUGGAAAAUGAGGACGUUUCAAAAACCCAUGAGUGCUCUGAGGAUGAAUCGUUUGACUCUGACUCUGAUAUGUCACCUUUUGAUGAUAUCACAGAGGCGCAAGACAGCGAUCCAGACUACAUGCCAGGCACUUAUGUUUGGGAUCAGAAAGGGACAAAAAUAUCACCAGAGCAAUAUUCCUCGCAGACCAGAAAGGAAGAGAAUAUCGCAUCUGACACUGCUGAGCCAUUACUAAUGCUAGGAGACUCAGGAUUACUUGAUACCAUAAAGUCAGAGCCUGACUAUGAACACAGCAUCAAUGAGCACCUUCAGGAUACGAUCUCAGAAGUUCCCAAACCAAACCAGCAGCGGCGUAGGGCCAAGAAGAUCUUUGACUGUGCAACCUGUGGGAGAUUAUUCCCUUGUAAUGCUGCUCUCAAACGUCAUCUUGUCAUCCACACGGGGAACAGACCUUUUAAAUGCUUCAUUUGUGGAAGAGGCUUCACACAGAGUGGAAACCUCAAAACACAUAUGAAGGUUCACAAAGGAGAUUCAAGCUGGACUUUAGCUGAGGAGAAGAAGCCCCCUAAAGAACCAGCCCCGGACACAAUUCAUGUGUGUGGCGAAUGUGGAAUGGACUUCCCUCUCAAAGAUCAACUGGAAGAACACCGCAUCAGUCACAAGAAGCCUUACGCUUGUCCAGACUGCGGCAAGUCAUUCAAAAACAAAGACUCGUUAAAAAUCCAUAGCCGCGUUCACACCGGGUACUCUCCUUUCGCCUGCUCCGAGUGCGGAAAGAGUUUCAUCACUUCGUGUGGCCUCAAGCAACACGAGUUGACCCACAGUGGAGAAAAGAACUUCCACUGCGAGCAGUGCGGGAAAGCAUUCUUGCAGGCCUCCCACCUCAAAGUGCACCUAAAGACUCACAGCGGAGAGCGCCCUCACCUGUGCGCCAUCUGCGGGAAGAGCUAUGCACGAGCCGAGACCCUCAAAGUGCACCUGAGGGUUCACACCGGAGAGAAACCAUACACCUGCGACAUAUGUGGGAAGUCCUUUUAUUAUUUUCAAGGUUACAGAGCGCAUAGGAUGAUUCAUGACAAGAAGCCAAAACCUCCUACAAAACCUUUGGGGAGACCUAAACAGCAAACUGUGGAGUAAUCAGUGACGUCAUUCAGGAAGUAUUUGGCUAAUGCCAUCUGAAAGGUGAGCUUAAUGUGGAGUACAGACCUAAUUUUCUUGCUGAAAUUUUGUUUAUUAGCAUUGUGUGCUUUCCACCAAGUAGAACACUUUUCAGUGUUUUUUUUAAUAUCUAUAGGGGUGUGUGUAUGUAUGUAUGUAUGUAUGUGUGUAUAUAUAUAUAUAAAUAUAUAUAUAUGUGUGUGUGUGUGUAUGUAGUGACUUAAAGACAUUCCCAAUUAAAGGAAUGCUUCAUAAUGCCAGAAUGUGUCUUGUCUGCAUUGUUUACA